AGAGAGAGAGAGAGAGAGAGAGAAGGACCCGGAUACUGAUGCUAGUGAGAAGAAGGAAGAGAGAGCGAGAGAGAGAGAAAGAGAGAGAGAGAGAUUUACUGGAAUCCGAAUGGGAAGCUCCAAUCCAGCAUCGGAGAACGAUCUGGUUUUGUUUUCAUCCCGAAAGCUUUGCAUGAACGAAGGAAGGAGGAGGACACGGCGGAGGAGAGAGAGAGGGAGAGGGAGGGAGAGAAGGAUGCUGUGAUGCGCUUGUACUGGGAGAGAUGGAGGGAGAGGGAGGGCAUCUAAAGAGGGUUGUUUUGUCCGAAACGGAUGUUUGCUGUUUACAGGCCUGAUAAUCACUACAACGAUGCACACUAGAGAUCAAACCUCAGUGUUUCAAUCGGGACACAAUGCAAUAGAGUCGUAUUUGUGUGUAGGACGCGCGCGCGUGUGACUCUACGUGUGUGUGUGUGUGUGUGUGUGUGUGUGUGUGUGUGUGUGUGUGUGUGUGUGUGUGUGUGCGUGCGUGCGUGCGUGCGUGCGUGCGUGCGCUUUGAUAAAGCAGGAACACGCUGCAUCCCUCACCUGUGAUCACAGGCCUUUUGCGCAUUGAGGAUCCGGUUUAUGUUUCCAAACAGCCUCCUUUAUGAGGUUUGAUACUAGCAAAUGAUGACUUUGAAAAAGGACGACGAUGAAGUGAUCGAGUGUAGGAGAGCUGGUGCAGAAACGACGUGUAGAAACGACCGAUAUUAAGUCAUCCACGCUGUACUGAGGACUAAACGCACCGUGCGUAAAGAAUAGCGUAGUUUGUGAGCGCGAACGUCAUUGUGAUUAUGAUCAUUGUUAUAGAACUUGAGAGAUCGGAACGAUGAGCGCAGAGAUGGGACGUUUAACAACAUCCUUGUAUACAGGCCUGGCCACAUGCUGACGCUUCAACAACAACCCUACAGGACUCUGGAGAGAACCUUGUCACUUAUUGUAGACCACGCAGGGAUGAUCUGAGGAUAUAAUAAGUACAGAAGGUUACAAGUUUUAAUCGAUCUGACAUUAAAGCCUCUUUUCGCCAUGUCAAAAGACCCGACUUGCAGCCAGACGGCUCAGUAUGUGGGGCCAUACAGGCUGGAGAAGACACUUGGGAAAGGACAGACAGGGCUGGUGAAACUCGGGGUGCACUGCAUCACGGGCCAGAAAGUAGCCAUCAAAAUAGUGAACCGAGAAAAGCUCUCGGAGUCUGUGCUCAUGAAGGUGGAGAGAGAGAUUGCGAUCCUAAAACUAAUCGAACACCCGCAUGUUUUGAAACUUCACGACGUCUAUGAGAACAACAAGUACCUGUAUCUGGUGUUAGAGCACGUGUCUGGAGGUGAGCUUUUUGACUAUUUAGUGAAAAAAGGAAGAUUGACGCCUAAAGAAGCCAGAAAGUUCUUCAGGCAGAUCAUCUCCGCUCUGGAUUUCUGCCACAGUCACUCCAUCUGUCACCGAGAUCUGAAGCCAGAGAAUCUCCUGCUGGAUGAAAAGAAUAAUAUCAGAAUCGCUGACUUCGGCAUGGCCUCCCUACAGGUGGGGGACAGUCUGCUAGAGACAAGCUGUGGAUCUCCACAUUACGCUUGUCCUGAAGUGAUCAGAGGUGAGAAGUACGACGGUCGGCGAGCGGACGUGUGGAGCUGCGGAGUGAUUCUGUUCGCUCUACUGGUGGGUGCGCUCCCUUUCGACCACGAUAACCUGCGACAGCUUCUGGAGAAGGUGAAGAGUGGAGUAUUCCACAUGCCUCACUUCAUCCCGCCCGACUGCCAGUCUCUACUCCGUGGCAUGAUCGAGGUGGAUUCGGAAAAGAGGCUUACGCUAGAUCAAAUCCAGAAGCACGCCUGGUAUCUGUCAGGCCGUAACGAGCCGUGUCCAGAGCAGCCUCCACCGAGGCGUGUGUGUGUGAGACGGAUUCUCUCUCUGACUGAGCUGGAUCCAGACGUGUUGGAGAGCAUGCACUCUCUGGGCUGCUUCCGAGAUCGAGUCAAACUGACCCGAGACCUGCAGUGUGAAGAGGAAAACCAGGAGAAGAUGAUCUAUUACCUCUUACUAGAUCGUAAAGAGCGCUAUCCCAGCUACGAGGAUGAAGACCUGCCACCCAGAAAUGAUGUAGAUCCUCCACGGAAGCGUGUGGACUCACCCAUGCUGACCCGUCACGGCCGGUGUCGGCCAGAGAGGAAGAGCCUGGAGGUGCUGAGUGUGACGGACCAGGGAUCUCCGACACCCCCGCGCAGGGCGCUGGACACCACUGCACACAGCCAGAGAUCACGAUCAGUAAGUGGGGCAUCUACCGGUCUCUCCUCUAGUCCUUUAAGCAGUCCAAGGAGCCCGGUGUUCACAUUCAGCCAAUCAGACGUCGCCACUGCCACCAAACCCCGUACUGCGAGCUCGCGCGAGUCUAAAACCCAGACUCUGCCAUCCAAAACUCCCCCUGAGCGACCCCGUCUCCAUUCCAUGAAAUCCCUUCCACUUCGCACUUCUUCCUCACGCUCACCCUCUCCUUCUCCACUCCUCUCUCCUCGCCCUCGCUUCCUCUUUUCCCCUGCCCCAUCAGUUGCGCUGAAAUGCGUCACUAAAUGCUCCUAUCCGAUGUCCCAGGUGACCCCUCAGGGCUCGCCUCUGCCCACACCGCUGGGCACCCCCGUCCAUCACCCCCACCCUCCCCCUUCCUCCUCCUCUUCCUCCCGUGCUGAAGGAGGAGGUGUUGGCUCACUCUCGCUGACUCCGCCCACUAGCCCAGGAGGAGGUGGGGCUGGCAUGGCAGCAAGUAGCUCCGCCCACUGGAGGACCAGAUUCAAUUCAUUCAAGAACAACCUGCUGGGCUCGCCGCGCUUCCACCGCCGCAAGCUGCAGGUGCCCACUUCGGAGGACAUGUCAAGCCUUACACCAGAGUCCAGCCCUGAGCUGGCGAAGCGCUCCUGGUUUGGCAACUUUAUCAGUUUAGAGAAGGAAGAGCAGAUCUUUGUGGUGAUCAGAGACAAACCGCUCAGCUCAAUCAAGGCGGAUAUCGUACACGCCUUUCUCUCUAUUCCAUCCCUCAGCCACAGCGUGGUCUCUCAGACGAGCUUUCGGGCCGAGUAUAAAACCUCCGGAGGACCUUCUGUAUUCCAGAAACCCGUCAGGUUUCAGGUGGACAUCGCCUUCUCCGAGGGAGAGAGGGAAAGGGAGCGGGAACGAGAGAGGGAAGGAAAAAGAAAUUAUGGAAUCUAUAGUGUGACUUUCACCCUCAUAUCAGGCCCGAGCCGCAGAUUUAAGAGAGUGGUGGAGACGAUUCAAGCCCAGCUGCUUAGCACACAUGACCAGCCGUCAGUCCAGGCUCUCGUGGCAACACGACCCGUUUUCGCUCUCACAGAUGAAAAGAACGGCCGUCCUCACGGAACGCCGACCAGACAGAACUCGCGACGCUCAGAAGGAGGAGCUGACCGCUGCGAAUGGGUCGAGCGAGGCGAGGCUGGAGCCUUACUCCAGAGAAGAGGUUCAGCCAAAGAGAGAACCCGUCUGUUGUCGUCUAAUGGGACCCAAUCACAGCCUUGAGAAGAAGUGUUCACCAGUCAUCAUUAACCAUGGCACAACACUCAUAAAAACUCCUCAUUCGCUCUCCUGCUACAAUACAGCAUGAUGGUAAAGUCUUGUGAAUUUUUUUUUUUUUUUAAAGAGGUGUUUCCUAAACAAAAUUCUGAUUAAACAAUCGGUUUCACUUUAUUAUAGUCCUAAAUGAAACAAGACAAAGAGCCAGAAUUGAAAAAAAAAUCAUCAGUACAAUCCUAGCGUCGGAGUAAUUCUAUAACCUUCGUUCUAUACGUGCUGUUGAUGGGCAUCGCGACUCACUUAAGUGAUUCAGUUCAUUUCAUUUGUUUUAAUAGAACAGCCUCCUCAAACACUAAGUGGGUUACAACAUCGACAGCUGCGGUGACCUACGUACGUUCAUGGUUUUAUGUAUGUAUGCCUAUGUCAGUGAUGGCUUUAAGACGGAGAUUGUAUCACAAAACAUGUAAAUAAUUCUGAAAAUUCAAUUUCAGUGUGUAUGUGAUGGUCAUGUUUCUUUUGUAGAACUUAUGCAAUGAUUAUUUGCAGUCUUGUUGCCACGUCCAUGGCUUAAGUAGUUAUAUUUGGAAUAACACACGGCAGGCCAUGUGGUUAUAGGAAAAUAAUCCAGGCUGGAGUGUGUCAUCAGAAGUGGAUUAUUUUGCAUAUGACCACAUAGUAUGGACUGUAUUAUUCUGGGACGUUCAAUAUUGGAUGUAUUAACGGAUAACGUGAUGCACCUUUUAAUGCUUUAAAGUUAGCUCUUAGUUCAUGGAGUAUCUGUGAGACCGGUUAGUUCCUGGUAUCACCAGCAUCUCUCUCUCUUACUGUAUUUUUUUUUUUUUUUGAUAGAAUGUCAACACAUCAGUUCUUAUGCUAUUUUUCUUUGUAAAACUUUUAUUUAUUUAUUUAUUUAUUUAUUUAUAGUCAAGUACUACUUCAACGACGGGAAAAUCGAUCAAAUGACUAGCCUAGAUAGGGCUUGUGUUUCCACCUCACAUUAUUAAAACCAUUAAACAAAAACAAACUAGCGGCAUUUUCCAACGAGACGUUUUUGUCUCCGUGUGUUUGUUUUGUUACAGUUAAUAUUUUUUGACAUGACACAAUACCAAUACCGUACACCUUUUCUUGUUGGUAAGUUAUUAUCGGCAAAGCUAUAAGUGUAUAUUGUAUAUGUAUCGAUUACCUCAGAUUGUGCAUGGUGUGACUUUAAGUAAGAUUUACUCUAAAAAGUUAAUCCAUGGCCUAACGACGUACAUUUGAAAUAUGUUAUAUUCAUGUUUAAAGGUAAAAAUGAUGUUCACUGUAUAAGACUGCUAACAUGGGUUAAAGCUCUGGUUUACUGAUCAGUUUAACACCGCUGAGCUGCCGUUGUCGGUGCCUUAACAAGGCCCUUUAUCCUCUCUGUAUCAUGACUUCUGUCCCUUACGAACUUUUGGCAUUCGAAGAAAGGAAUUUUAUUGUGCUAUAAUGUACAGUUUAUGUGAUUAAAUAUGGCUUAUUUAAUAAAUAACAGCUGAAAACAUAUUUACAAUAAAGUACUGUAGAGUAGUAUCCGAUGUAGUAUCAAUAACAAAUAAUCCAGUAUGUUUGCUUUUUUAGAUGGUGCUUAAAGGUGGGGUCUCUGACCCAAAUGGGUCCCACCCCUGUAUCGAUAGCUCCGCCCUCACAUACAUACGUAACCCAGGCGACUAACAGAAAGAAACGUGUCUUUAUCAUAGCUGAAGGGAAG